AAGUUAUUCGCGCGUGCUUGGUUGUGAUGGAAUUUCGCUUCUCACCGUAUUCUCCCCCUUUUCUUUAUCACACUCAGGAUUUUCCAGUCACAGACAAAUGAUCAUUGUCAACUUCGGUCCCCUAUAAGCUAUGCCCCAUCGACUUGCAAACUAUGGGUCAUCCCACAAACCUGUUACUGAGAAUCAUACGCAUUUGUAUACCUCGCAAGCGGCGAUAAGUGCUGUUGUUUGCCUACUUCACACACACACACACGCAUGGGCCUCACCCCUGUCGCCAACUUGGCUGCUCGAUCAAAUGUUGUCUCUAUCCACAUAUGCAUCCUUCCGUCUCGUACUUGCGAUCUGUUGUCUUAUGUGCUCCGGUGGCAUAUCACCCUCACUCGCACUUGUGCGAACUCAAAUUCUUGACCACCACCAUCAUGACACGCCACUCUACCCUCCUACUUGUAUGUGUGUGCCAUGCUACAACUAACAUUCGGAUAGAUUCUCGAGUGAGCCAGUGCUCUCACAUCUGCAAGUGCCAAUUGGGAACCACCUAGAUCCGUUGGGGAUGUAACGACCUCUUCUUCAUUGAAACUUUCCAGUGGUCGUGGGACAAGAUGGUGGGCUAGUGUGAGUUAACAUACAGGGAAAACAGUAUGGUCACUCCAGUAUACAUUUCCUCCACCGAUAUCCCCUUGGACGAUCAUUGUUCUCUCAACCAGACAUCUCAAAACCAUCAAUCCCCAUGCAGGAUGGGUUACCAGGAUAUCGGCAAGAAUGAUUUUUGCCCCUAUCCCUAUCCAUCGAAAUGGGUGUUAAAUAAUAUGUCAUCAGUGUGGAUCGGUUCAGAGAAUGGAAAACGGGAAAGUUGAAUGGUUGUAUGUCGCCGAUCAAGUUCACCUGGUGGCUCGUACCUUUGUGGCUCUCAGAGUACUUUGCUGUGAAACGGAUCACCACUGUUCCUAUCUCCAACGAUUCC